AUGUCAUCACCUUGGACAUCAAACAAUGGAAAAUCAUUAAUUACAUCAAUGAUUAAAAAUGAACAUACAAAUGAUGAUGAACAUAGUAAUCUUUCGAAUAAUAGUAAUACAACAUCAUCAUCAACAACAACAACACAAAUUAAUCAAUCAUCAACAAAUAAUCAACAACAAAUAUCUAUAAAUGAACCAAUCUAUUCGGUACCAACAACAUUAAAAAAUUUAAAUAUUAUUACUUCGAAUAAUUUACAACAAGAACAAUAUUCAUCGACAAAUGAUACAUCUCCAUUUGUUGGUCAAUUUAUCAGAUCCGAUCUUCAAUCAUAUACAGAUCCAAUAGUUUAUUAUGGUGAUGGUAUGAUUGAUCCACUUCAACAAAACUAUCCGCAUUUACAACAAGUUCUUUAUUCUCCAUCAAUAUCAAGUAUUCAUCAUCCACAAGAAUUAUCUUAUGACGAUACAACUAGAACACGAACAAUUGUUUAUGAUAAUGGUACAAUUCAAACAUGGCCAUCAAAUGAAACUCAACAUUAUUUAACAUAUCCUUCAGCAGCAUUAUCGAAUAUGAAUGAAUUAACACAUCUUCAUCAACAUCAAAAUGAUCAAAUACAUUUAUGGCCAGAUCCUACAAAUGGUGGACCAUUUUAUCAAUAUCCUAAUGGUCCUUGUUUUGAUACAUCUGAUGCACGUGAAUGUGUUAAUUGUGGAGCUGGAUCAACAUCAUUAUGGCGACAUGAUGUUACAGGUCAUUAUUUAUGUAAUAAUUGUUAUUUAUGUCAUAGAGUAGAGAGUCCAAAUGGAUCAUUACAACGAUCAACUCGACAUAUAGAAGAUGAUGAUCAACAUCGAUCAUCUGCUAUAGAUAAUUCUUUUUCACUUCCUCUUUCACAAUCAUCAACAAAAGUCUUAACUUCAUUAGCACUUGGAAAUUCUGAUAGAUCUUGUGCAACAAUUAAAACUAACGAUUCAAAUAAGCCAAUUUCUGCAACGAACAAUAAACAAAAUAUAUCAAAUUCAAGACGAACAGGUCUUCAAUGUGCUAAUUGUCAAACACAAACUACAACUUUAUGGAGACGAAAUAAUGAAGGUGAUCCUGUUUGUAAUGCAUGCGGUUUAUAUUUUAAACUUCAUCAUGUUGCACGUCCAAUGAAUAUGGUUAAAGAAGGUAUACAAACACGUCGUCGUAAACCAAAAAAUAAUAAUGGAAAUUUAACAGUAAAAUCCAGGCCAACUAAACAUACAAUUUUAACUGCACCAGUUAAAGAAGCUAAAGAAUGUACAUCUCAAACAAAUCUUAAUCAUGGUUUAAAAACAACACAAGAAGAAUAUAUGACACGACAAGGAAAUUAUCAAUAUAAUGAAUUAUAUCCACAACAUUUGCAUUUACUUCAUAAUACAUAUCCACCAUCAUUUGAACAACAUCAACGUUAUCUUUCUCAACAACAAAUAGAUAUGGCAACAAAUGGUUUUGUUGAUACUGAAUCAUGUUCAAGAAAAAUUGUAUCAUCACCUAUUUUAUCUACAAAUUCAUCAACAAUAAAUAAUAUGACUAAUAAUGAAGUACAACAUGUAAAUGUCAAUGCGACUCCUAAUAAUAAUCAAUCGUGA